UGCACUUUACAUUUCGGUACAUCAGCGUGUGUUUCAGCAACAGGCAUAGCCUGAGGCCAACGUAGCCGGCAGGAUUCAUCAGGUUCACUCUGCUCCUAAAACUCUGAACCCCGACAAGUUUCCACACGUGCUGAUGUUGAAACCUAAACUACAUGCACACGAAAAGUUAUUUCGGGACCAGUUAUUUAAACGCUUGCAGGUUAUCAGAGAUGAGGUCUGCUCAGGCAUCCUGACAAUCGCACACAGAAAGUUCAAUCAAACCGUCAGAGAAAAAAAAGAUUUUCUUGCAGAGAGAUUUUCCAGAUCAGACAGGUUUUUAUUUGGCUAUCUUCAAGGUCAAGGUUUACUAAAAACUGCAUGUGAAAAUGUUAUGCAUUAAUGGACUGAGUUUAAGGGAAUGCCUUGUUUUCCUGGUUCUGAUCAACCUCUGUGGAUCGCUGCCGAAGACUGCUCCACCUCUGAAGCCCAAUUUUCCUUUUGCUUUCAUGUGGAAUGCUCCAACUGAGCUCUGUGAGAGCAGAUUUGGGAUCAGUCUGGACCUGACAUACAUUCAGCUUGUGAGCAGCACCUUGAAGACAGCAACCAACCAAAGCAUCACCAUUUUCUACACAGAUAGAUUUGGCAUAUUCCCCUACGUGGAUGAAGACACCGGAGAGGCAUACAGCGAGGGACUCCCUCAGCUCAUAAAUUUCAAAGAGCAUCGUGAAAUAGCUGAAGAUAACAUAACCUUUUAUAUCCCUCCUGACCAACCUGGUCUUGCUAUCCUGGAUUUUGAGGAGUGGAGACCACAGUGGGCACGAAACUGGGGCACCAAGGACAUCUACCGGGAGAUAUCAGUUGAAACUGUCAUGCAGAAGUAUCUCUUCCUCUCUUACGAUGAGGCAGAAGAUAUUGCCAAAAGAGUGUUCGAAGCGGCGGCCAAAAAGUAUUUUUUGAAAUCCGUGAAUCUGGGAAAAACACUUCGUCCAAAGCGGUUGUGGGGUUACUACCUAUAUCCAGACUGCUAUAACUAUGAUUACAACCAGGACAUGAAUGGCUAUACUGGUCAGUGCCCUGAGAUUGAACAGGAGAGAAAUGAUGAGUUGCUCUGGCUUUGGAAGGAGUCCACAGCUCUGUACCCCUCCAUAUAUCUGGAGCUUAUACUGAAAGACACCCGUCAGGCAGCUCAGUACGUCCGUCAUCGUAUGCAGGAGUCAAUGAGAGUCUCUAUGCUGCCAAAUAAGAACUACUCUAUACCCAUCUAUGCCUACAUUCGUAUUGUGUACAAAGACAGUGAUGAAGACUACUUGUCUAAGGCGGACCUGGUCAGUACUAUCGGGGAGGCUGCUGCUUUAGGAGCUGCUGGCGUCGUGUGCUGGGGAGACAUGAAUGUCACGGAGACUGAGGACUCCUGCUCCGCUGUUCAACGGUAUUUGGAGAAAACGCUGAACCCUUACAUCUUGAACGUCACUACGGCGGCGAGGCUGUGUAGUACCGCCCUGUGUAAUAACAACGGGCGAUGUGUAAGGAAGAAAUGGGGCCGCAGAGAUUACCUGCACCUGGACCCAUCCAGGUACCGGAUCAAGUGGUCAAUAACCGGUGAACUCUCGGUGAAGGGACAUCUGUCUCAGGAAGACAUUGACUGGUUUGAGGAGAGGUUCAACUGCCUGUGCUACACCGGUGAUCCUUGUUACUCACCUGUCACUUUGAACGAAGUGUCAAACAAUAUCAAUGGUAGAGGUGUUCCCCUCUACCAGGAGACACUGCCCUUUCUGUUGACCUUAGCAUGUCUGUUUGUCUUAUCAUGGCAAGUGUAGAUCACAAUGUCUCUUUAAAAGGCAAUACAGUAAAUGAGCAUUUGAACCCCAUUGGAACCACAUGAACUCGGUUAUUACUGAAGAUUUCCCCAAUACAAAAGUGAUGCCAUAUAAUUUUUUUCCCUGUCAGAGGUUUGUGAUUACACAUAUUUUAAGUCAAACUAACAAGUAUUCUUUCUAAAAACAAUAAGCGAGAGAGAGAGAGAGAACAGUCUAUUUCGUGCAACCAUUCUGUGCAUGUUCUGAUUUGAAUAUAAUGAUAUUGUUUUGCGUGUGUUCCUGUUUCAAUACAUUGAAAUAUGUAAACAUAUUAGAAACAUACGAGAGAAACUAUUCUCCUGCUGAUAUGCACCACAACUCUUAGACCUUUCCAGUGAAAAGUCACUGAGGAUCAGUACAUCAGUUACCUUACCUGACCUUGCAAUGUAACAUGAAAUCUGUUUCGAGCCACAGUCACAAUACAUGAAAAAAGAGAAGAAACUAGAUAUGAAUGUCAUUUAUAUGGAAAAGGGAACUAUCUAGAUUCCCUUUAUUUGCAAAAUGCAUAAUGCAAACACUUGCACGCCAUGUUCUUACCUUUCAUUUUAAAUAAACUGCUGCUUUCACUAUCAUGCACUAAGUGCACCAUGAAAAGACAAAAUGACAGCGUAAUACUAAUUUAUCAGUCUUAAUGACAAAGAGGAGGAUGCAGCCAUGGAGUAAUGAGUCCUCAUAUAUGUGGUAAUUGGUAAUCAGCAUUAACAAUAAUAACAAGUAAUUAGUGGUGGAGAUUCUGAUGCUAUUCUGUUUCUGGUUGAAGUAAGGUUUUUAACCUAUUGUCCAUGCGCAGAGCUUUUGCUUAUAUUUGUUCCUAUAGGUUGUUUAUGUCAAUGUUCUGUCUCAUAUCAUACAUUUCAUAUCUUACUAUAUAUUUAUAUCGUAAAAUGUACAAUUUCAAAGCUGUUCAUUAAAUUAUAGUUUUUUAUAUAUAUUUUUUUUAAUAUACUCAGGAGGUCUUAAAAAAGUAACAGUUUUGGUACUUCCAAACAUCCAUUGAAAAAUAUAAAAGGCUGCAUUGUAUUGGGUCAAGCCUUUCAAUGAAUUUUUCAGCCGGUGCAUCGAAUUGGAAUGUUUUAAUGUCCGUAGAAAAGAGACAACGAUUUAAAUGCUAAGAACAUGAAGUGGACCAUCUGGUUAGCAAAUAAUAACAUCUGGCUUUGAACCCUGUCUAUGAGACAUUAGAUGCAAGAACGAGAGCCAUGUAAGCAGCUGCUAAAACCUUGAACAUGCAGUCGAUGCCUGUCUGUGCUGCUAUCACCGUGUCUGUAAAUAUUUGCUAUGUUCUCAUUUAAUAAAAAAAUACUUUUGAAAUUUGA